AUGCUGGCACAGCGGGGCCCAGCGCUUUCAGGCGUGUACAAGUUGCUUGAGAACAAGCCAAAGACGAGAUAUCUCGUUAUUCUACGACAGCCUAGGUGUACGUCCGCUGUUAAAAGCAGAACAUUUGGCUCAAGAACUCUCCCAUGCGCCCCCUGCUCUGGAAAUAACAGUCGGUUCUCAACCACUACUAUUCGUUUCCAGCAUCAAGCGAGCCAUCGUUCCAACCCAAGCCCACUUCGAAACAAAACAGAACAGAACAAACCAGACUCUUCUACAGAUAGUGACAAUUCAAAGCCUUCCACAUCGAGCCUCACACCACAGGCGACCUCCAUAGAUCCACCAACCGGCCAUCUAAGCAUCGUCUUUACCGAUAUUGUCAAAUCAACAGCGAUAUGGGAAACCAACACAGAGGCCAUGGUCCAGGCAAUGCACAUUCAUGAUACCGCCAUUCGAACACACAUGGCAAUCAAUCAAGGCUACGAAGUUAAACAGAAUGGCGACGGCUUCAUGCUCGCAUUCCCAACCGCAACCAUGGCAGUGCAGUUUUGUCUCGACGUCCAGGAGCAACUACUCGACGAAGCCUGGCCCAAGGGCAUUCUGAAGCUGGCACAUGGCAAGGUUAGCACUGAUGAGCAAGGCCACGUGCUAUUCCGAGGGCUCAAGCUACGCAUAUCGGCGCACUGGGGGGAACCGGUCUGCGCAUGGAACGAGGUCAUCCAUAGGAUGGAUUACCUAGGGCCUAUGGUCAAUCGCGCAGCCAGAUUCAUCGAGGUCACUGAAGCUGGACAGGUGGUGGUUUCCCGAGAUUUGGUGACACAGUUGCAGUACGAAUUAGGUGUCUCUCACGGUCUUGACUCGAAACAUCAUACGGCUACAGAGGAGGAGGCAGUUCCGACUGAACUGAGUCUACCCAAACUCAGCUCCAAUGCCGUGCAGGACAAGCUGACCCACCAACAAUUUGAGAUCCGAGCACUAGGAGACCAUAACUUUCGCGGAUUGAAGCAUCCUGAGUCCCUCUACUUUAUAGUCCCCCGCUCACUUGAGGGAAGAGUCAACCACUGGCAUCAAGUCAAACAUGUUUCUGGUGUCAAGGGCAACAUAAGGUCCAAAGGUGGGUGA